CAGGCAGAUGCAAUGAUGUCAUACCUCCGGGUUACAGGCGGUGGAAAAUUCUGCCUGCAGUAAAGGGCGGAAAACAGAUCGCAUCCCCCCACGACCGUUUCGCCAACUUUCAAUUGACGUCCUCACUCAGAGACAUUUAUUGAAUCGCAAAGCAAAGCCAUGGUUUUCAGAUGAUCUGGAUAGCCAGACACAGUCACUCGCUCGCAUGCCCAAUCGGAUCCGUGACGGAAAAACUCCUUCUCGAAAAGCCCCACGAGGCCCGACAUUUACAUUGAAUACGCCUGCCCGCAAUAAUGAUAGCAAUAACUACCGCAAUCAAUUCGCAUCGGCGCCUCGAUUUCUUAUACCUCAGAAUCAGAAUCAACGAUCAGUCCAACCCCCCAAAGAUGGAAUUGAAAGAUUCCGGCAAAGAGCAGCGUUAGGGCCUUUCGGACGCGCAUCUCGCGACGAUUCCUCGCGAGUGCCAUUUGCCACGCCUACACCGCUUCAAAGAAGCAACGCGGUUGACGGUACUACAGAACGAAAUAUAAAAGACCAUGAUCUUGCACAAAAAAGCAUAGAAGAAGAAAAUGACGUGUCGGAUGAGAGACAACGCGAUGAAAAUUCGCCUUUCGAAGAUCUCUUUGCCCCGCCGGAUCCGAACAAGAGACGCCGAAUUUCUCGUCCAGAACCGGUAGACCUCACAGAUGAAGGGUUUCCCGGAGAAUCCCAGUCUCAGAAUACUAUAUCUUCCUCUUCAGAGAACUCGCCCCCAUCUCCAGAACAAGGAAGAGUUCGAUAUACGCUAGCAUCUCCAUUUCCACAUCAUGGACCGCUUAAACGACGCCCGCCUACGGAGACACCAGCCCCAUCGCGACGUAAGUAUAUUCUCGAGCCAGAAACACCCAGUAUUGGGGCAUUCGAACACAAUUCUAUCACUGCUAGCCAAACACCUGCAUUUCGAGGUCCUCCGCGUUAUGUUGUAUCUUCGAACUACACUCCAUUGGCGAACUCGCCUUCGACACCACCGACCCGCACUGAUUCAAAUUUACAAAAUACAAAGAAAAGACCAGCUUUUGUCUUACCUCGAUCUCCAUCCCCAGGCCGUGAACAGGGAACUAACGCUGAUAGCCCGCCACCGGCACCUUUCUCUCCUACAUCCACCCAUACUUUAACUCGACGGGGACGAGCGAAAUCCUCAGCCACUGCGACGUAUCUCCCCGGUGGUAUGGCAGAACAGGUUCGAAAUUGGAUUCUAGAACUUGGAAUGAAACGUGAGCAAGGGAAUCGGUCCCAUUAUCUUGCCGACCCGAGCCGAUACUCGUUCACCGCCAGAGUGGAUUCCUGCCAAAACGGAUAUUUGAAUUCAUCGGGGCCCGUCAUUAUGGUACAUGCUACGCAGGUGGUUAUUGAAACAAAUGAUCAGGGUGCACAUCAUACAAUAACCAAAACAGAUAUCGAGCGAGACAUACUACUACUAGGAGAACCAACAUCCAGUCGUGCUAACACUCAACCCGCUCAUAUACAACACAAUGCUCCGGAUACAUGGCCUAUCUCCCCAUCGAGAACAGUGCUCUCAACCGGCGAACUAAUCGGCAUUCAGCUUGGUUUAAUGUGGGAAGUUGAGUUGAAUAUGAAGAAUGAAUAUAAGGAACUAACGCGCAAGGUGAUUGCAUCUUCCCAAUCACCGGAAUUGAGUGACGAUGAUAGCGACGAGAUGGAUAAAGGUUCUUCAGAAAUAUCGGGAAAUGUGAAGAAAUGGCAGGUUGCUGCCGAAUGGGAUUUGCUUAUGCGGUCCUGAUUAUGAAAUUAUGAAAUUCAUCACAAUAUUGAAACCUAGAUAUAUUACGAACUAACUCGAAGCCACAUUCCGGUCAUCUCUUAUGAAAACAAUAUA